CCACCAGCCACAGUACGGAGUAUCAUUCAUUCCACCUAACACCUCAUUAUCAUCAUCAUCAUUAUUAUUACAAUUCCCAUUCAGGAAAUAAGAAUAUUACUCCUCAUCCAAAAUGUCUGCCGCGGACUCAAAAGGAACCCAAGGUUUCUACGACGAGCUUAAAGCUCUUUUCCAGCAGGCUGAUAAAUCCGGCGAGGGCAAACUCGCUCUCCCUGAAUUCACCUCCGCCGUGAAGGGAAGUUCGAGUGGGAGUCAACUUAGUGAUGCGCAGUUGGAGGCCAUGUUUAGUUUUUAUGAUGAGGAGAAGACUGGGUUUGUUUCUUUUGAGAGUGUGUGGAAGAAGAUGAAUAGUAUGAUGAAAUAGAGGUUCACUCUACCUUUUGGUUCUGGAAUGGGGUAUAGG